CGUAAGCGGGCAGGGGCGGGCUGGAGGUGUCGGUGCUGCCACGUCCUGGCGGCGGCUCGCGGAGCGGCGGCCUUGCGGGAGCCUAGCGCUGGAGGUGGAGGAGGUGGGGCUGCCGCUGAAGCCGGAUGUGGAUCUAGUGCUGUGUACCCGGGUGGGUGAGAAUCCGACGGGCCUGGAGAGGAGCGCCGACUGCAGGUCUCUACGGACCUUACUGCAAAGAUGAAACCUGAUGAAACGCCUAUGUUUGACCCAAGUCUACUCAAAGAAGUGGAUUGGAGUCAGAAUACAGCUACAUUUUCUCCAGCCAUUUCCCCAACACAUCCUGGAGAAGGUUUGGUUUUGAGGCCUCUUUGUACUGCUGACUUAAAUAGAGGUUUUUUUAAGGUACUAGGUCAGCUGACAGAGACUGGAGUUGUCAACCCGGAACAAUUUAUGAAAUCUUUUGAGCACAUGAAGAAAUCUGGGGAUUAUUAUGUUACAGUUGUGGAAGAUGUAACUUUAGGACAGAUAGUUGCUACAGCAACUCUGAUAAUAGAACAUAAAUUCAUCCAUUCCUGUGCUAAGAGAGGAAGAGUAGAAGAUGUUGUUGUUAGUGAUGAAUGCAGAGGAAAGCAGCUUGGCAAAUUAUUAUUAUCAACCCUUACUUUGCUAAGCAAGAAACUGAACUGUUAUAAGAUUACCCUUGAAUGUCUACCACAAAACGCUGGUUUCUAUAAAAAGUUUGGAUAUACAGUAUCUGAAGAAAACUACAUGUGUCAGAGGUUUCUAAAGUAAAACCUUUUAAGAAAGACAUCUGUCAAAGGAACUGAUGCAACAAGGCUACACUCUCUUUCUAGAGUUAAAAUAUUUUGUUGCUGCAACCCAGUGACCUCCGUAAAUACUGGAUUGAAAAAAACACUGUAAUACAAGUAUAAUGACAUUUAGAAGAUUACUUUGGGCUGGUGAGACAUGCUGAGUUUAGAUUACAGAUGAAAUUAUUAAGGGGAUGAUUUUUAA